AUGGAAGUACACUAUUUGCCACAAGAACAUCAAGUUGCAAUAAUUAAUUGUAUACGCCAUUUAUCAAACGUUCUUCCAGAUAAACAGUUUGAAAAUCAUUUGAAAAUGGCUCUUAGUAAAUUACAAGAAGUAUUUGAGACAAUUAAUAUUCUUACUGAUGGAAUUCAUACUUUAAAUAAUAAUGUAGAACGUCUUAGUAAUAAAUUGCUUGAGACGCAAGACUUGUAUGAUCAAACAGAUAAAAAACAACAUAUCUUUGAUACUUUUCAACCAGAUGUAAUACCAAAUAGUUGUCAACGACCACAUACGGACACAAAUAUUGCUAGUGGUAUACCAAAAUUUAUUCCUUUGGCAAUCAUUGAACAAGAAAAUAAUCCCUAUGUUCAAGAGGACUCAAUUUUCAUCAAAAUUAUGGUCGAUUUCAACCAAAUACCUGAUGAUCUGCUACCAUAUGUAUUAAAUCUUGAUCCGGGAUUACCAACUCUUCAACAACAUAAAUUAAUUCAAGAAGCAAUUAAUAAUUUCUAUCAAAACCAAUCAAUUACUAACAUAACAAAUACUCAGAACAUAUCACAAAUUAUAUUGAGUUCUUAG